AUUCGCGUCGCAUGCCCCAACAGUGGCCCCUAGUGCUCUUACUAGAGCACUAGGAGCCACUUCUAGUAAGAGCACUAGGGGCCACUUUUUCCAACGUCGGUUAACUACAGCGUAUGCACAUGUGAUACCCGGCGUGGUGAUACAAAUUGAUAAUAUUGUAAAAAUUCUUGAAAGAUGCCGAGUAGUUGUUGCAUUCUAAAAUGCAAAAAUACUACAAAAGAUGGUUUUCAUUUAUUUAGAUUUCCAUUGAAUCGUCCAGACAUUUUAAAAAUGUGGAUGAAUGCCAUUGGAAGAGACGGUUUUGAACCCACAAAAUAUCAUUUAAUCUGUAGUGCUCAUUUCAUAGAUACAGAUUUUAUGGAAAGACCUAAUGCAAGUGGCGUACGUUUAAAAAAUCUUGCUGUACCUUCGGUAUUUUGUGAAACUCCAGCUCCUACCGUUAAUUCUAUUCCUGAGGAUGUUACAACAAUUAAGACUUCUUCAAUUGAGUUUGAUACUACUCCUGCUUCUGCAUCUGCUGUGAUGCCAGCAACUGCAUGGAAAAUAAGUAUAUUGAAACCAAGAGAAGAAAAUUCAACAUUUUCAAUUCCAUCGCCGAGUACAAGUGCUACUGAUACCAUCAAAAUAAACAUGCGAAAACCGAGAAAAGUCAUGGCCAAUUCACUUUUAAAAUUGAAGAAGCAGGAAAUGAGUCCACGGAAAAAGUUAAUGUGGAGAACGAUCAAGUCAUUAAAGCAAAAGCUAAAAAGAAAAGAAGAAAAAAUACAUUCUUUGGAAAACUUAUUAAAAACUCUAAGGUAUGGCAACAAAUUAUAAAUAUGUUUUAAAGCAGUAUAUAUAUUAAAUUAGUCUGCGUUGGUAGAAAGGGCCCUUUGUGCAAAUGAUGUUGUAAAAUAUGAAAAUGUUUAAAAUUAUAAAAUUAUAUACAUUUUAUUAAUGUAAAUUGUAUAAACACUAAA